CUUAGUCUUCACUGCAGCUUUAUAAGUAACUAAUUUAAUUAAAAGUCCUCACUGCUGUCUUUCUCCCUAUAGCUACACAAUUUAUCAACUUUAAUUCAUUUCUGCACCAGAAAGCAAAAGCAACAAGAACAAGAGAAACAGACAGAAAGAAGGAAAGAAACGUAAUAGCAUGAAUCUUCAGGUGGAUGAUCAAAUGAUACUCAUUUCUCAGUACUAUCCUGGUAUCUACACUCAAGAGUUACCAGAACAAGGGGAGGCGAAACAAAGGAGGAGACGAAAGAAGAACAAAGGAGAAGCAAGUGAGGUUAUGAGGAAAAGAAAGCUUAGUGAAGAACAAGUGAAUCUGCUUGAACAGAGCUUUGGGAAAGAGCACAAACUGGAGUCCGAGAGGAAAGACAAGCUUGCCUCUGAGCUGGGGCUUGAUCCUAGGCAAGUUGCUGUCUGGUUUCAGAACAGAAGGGCUAGAUGGAAGAACAAGAAGUUGGAGGAGGAAUACUCUAAGUUGAAGUCUGAGCAUGACACUAACAUUGUUCAUAAUUGCCGUCUUGAAAAUGAGGUUUUGAAGCUGAAGGAACAGUUGUCUGAAGCAGAGAAAGAGAUACAAAGGUUGCUGAUGGAGAGAUGUGAUGGGGUUAAUUCGAGCAAUAGCCCAACUACUUCAUCACUCUCAAUGGAAGCAGCCAAUAUGGAACCUCCUUUUCUUGGGGAAUUUGGAAUGGAAGGAUUUGACAAUACAUUUUAUGUGCCAGAAAACACUUACUCUCAGGGAUUGGAAUGGGUUAAUUUAUACAUGCCAUAUGAUGUGUGAUUAUUUUUCAACUGUAGAAUUAAGCCCCAAAAUUCUGUAUAUUAUGUGUAGAUAUGACCUAACUAAUGUGUGUACAUCAAUCUUUACUUUUCUCCUUGCUUUACUAGUGCACUAGUGUUACUUAGUAUUUAACUACCUAGCUAGCUAGCAAGUAGCAAGAUGGAAUAUAUAUAAGACUUUGGUUUUUGACUAA